AUGGGCGCGGGUGGCAAGAUCGCGCUGUUGACCGGCGCGUCCACCGCGUUGGCCGCGAUACCGAAGGACAAGGCGCAGGGCGGCGCCGCGGCGGCGGGAGCGAUCGGAUGCCUCGGCUUACUCGUGGGCGUCUACCGCAUGCCCCUGAACCGGUGCAGGUGCACCAAGGCUGAGCUGCGAGACGGGGGGUUCACGCGCAAGUUGCGCCACAUGCACUGCGCCAGGUGCCUGAAGAGGACGAACAAGGGCGUGGUGGUGAGCUUCCUGACGAGCCCGCUGUAUUGCGCAGGGGCGGCGGCGAUGGCGGCGCAGGCGGCGCACGCGGCGGGUACGCCGGUGCUGAGGGCGGUGCGGCCGGCGUGGAGGAAGGUGCGAGGCAUCGCGGCCGGCGGGGACGGCGCGCCGUAG